CUUGUUAUGGAAUUUGCUUGCUUUCUAGCCAAUGGAUUGCUAGUGGAAAUGUACUGAAUAUGCGUGUUAGAAUAUAAAAGGCUUGCUUUAGCAAGUAGAGAGACAUACAUCAAGAUUAUUACAGCAAUAAAGAAAUCUUCCUGGCAAGAAAACCCUGUGUCGUGGGACUAACUCACGACAAUUGGCACCCGAACAGGGACCAGACCAGAGACUCAGCUUAACUUGAAGACUGACUGGUCCAGAACACAUUGAAAAAUACGCGUCAGGCGCUGAGAAAAACGUGGAAAGCCCUUAUAGGGGAGUGCUGAGAUAAACACAGCGGACAGAAGAUUCAUCAUCCCUUCUAUUCGAUUGCCUCUCACUGGACGAAGGAACAGGCCUGAGAUGAGUACCAGCACAAUGGGUACAGCCAUCCCUUUCAUCAUCUGCUGUAACAUGAUCAUCGCACUCUCAUCAGCGUUUUGGAUUCCAGCUCAACCAAAGCAGAACGUGUGGGUCACCCUCGCCAACAAGAUGGGACAAGACACACUCUGUUUGUCAACUGCGUCACCAGGAAACCCGUUCUCAUGUUUGGUGGGACAACCCCUAGACAAAUGGCCCAUCCCAAACUCCAUUGCUGAGAUAGCAUUCAACACGAGCGCAGUAGUCGACAAAUGGGAUGGAUGGGUACUACGUCUGCAACAGAGCAAUGUGGAACCACAAGAACUGGAACUGUUGGGUUCGGUUAAAAUGGAUUAUUGUUUGUAUUUUAACUACAGCGGAAAGAACCAAUCGUUAGUUCAGUGUGUUAAUUCCAGUGUAGCUGCUUAUAGAAAUCAUUCUGCUUGGUGUAAUUAUACUUCACCUAACUUCUCAAGAUCUAGUAGCCAUCCGCUUAGCUUGCCAGCAGGAGUUUUUCUCAUUUGUGGGGACAGAGCAUGGUCUGCUAUCCCCUCUCACAUCAAAGGAGGUCCAUGCAGUUUGGGAAGACUAACUUUACUAACACCUAAUAUCUCUAUGAUUACUCACCAUCAAAAGCGCAUUAAGCAAGCUGGACAUGCUUUUCAAUCAGAAUGCAAGGAUAAUGCAGAAUUUUGGAAUCCUGAGGGAAUAGCAGCAGCAUCCUUUUUAGCCCCUGGCGUUGCAUCAGUUAAAGCAUUGAGCACGCUUAAAAAACUUGGAUGCUGGCUAGCCAAGCAAACAAAUGCUACUUCCUUGGCUCUAAGUGGACUGCUACUAGAUAAAGACUCAGUACAACAUGCUACAUUACAAAAUCGUGCUGCUAUAAACUUCUUGCUGUUAGCUCAAGGUCAUGGGUGUCAGGAUUUUGAUGGCAUGUGCUGCAUGAAUUUGUCAGAACAUCCAAAAUCAAUAUAUAAGAGCAUUCAGGAUUUGCAGAAAGGAGUUAAGAAAUUACAGGUUGAUGACAGGUUGGAUAUAUUUGGAAGCUUCUUCAGAAACCCAGGAGUGUGGAUACAGAAUGUGUUAAAAAUAGGGUUAGUUUGUCUUAUUGCUUUUCUCUGUAUUUUAGUUUGCACUCCUUGCUUACUACAGUGUGCUCGGAAAAUGAUACAAGCUUUAAAUCACGCUUUUUUCAUUAAUAAAGAAGGAGGAGAUGUGGGAGAUAGAGAGGUCAGCUCAGCCUCGUCAAGUCCUGACUUGUUGGUAAUGAGGCUCUGGAGAGGACAGAGAGUCUGAAUAAACAGGGUUUCUUAUACCCAGUCAUAAGAUAAACCCUCUGCCUAUGAAUUCUCUGAUAUGAAGACUUGUUAAGGAAUUUGCUUGCUUUCUAGCCAAUGGAUUGUUAGUGGAAAUGUACUGAAUAUGCAUGUUAGAAUAUAAAAGACUAGCUUUAAAAAGUAGAGAGAGAGACAUACAUUAUGAUCAUGAUCAUUAGAGC